UCAACGUUGGCAUACGCAGACUUGUAGUAAAACUAUACAUUUAAUCGUUUAUAUCUGUCAGUUGUUUAAUUGUUGUUUCGAUUAGAGAUAAAAUAGAACUAUAAAACUUAAUAAGAGAGCUUACUGUUUAAAUUAAUGAGAAACAAACAGCUGAAAAUUUUGUGUACAUAAUUAUUACUAGAACAACAAUAUCCAGUCUAAUGACUGCAAGCGAAAACAACAGCAUAGUUGAUGGUCGCCGAGCAGUUCAUAAAGCCUUAAGUAAACUCGCAGCUAUUCCAGAAACUGUAUUACUGAGCUUUGAAAUAAGAAAGCUAUCGAGUGAGAGUUUAGGCAUUACUAUUAUAGGUGGUGUAAAUGCCAAGGCUAAAUUUAUCUAUGUAAAAUCAGUUGAUAAAAAUGGACUAUGCUACAAAUAUAAUACUUUGGAAAUCGGUGACCAAAUUUUAAUGGUAAAUGAACACAAUUUUAGAAAUGUUACGCACGAAGAAGCUGUCCGCGUACUGCGAGAAUCUGGAACUUGUGUUAAGAUUAUGGUCUCUAGAAUCGUCGAUAAAAAACGAAAAUACGAUUUAGAUGGAUUACAAAUAACUCAAGAUGCAUGUGUAUUUUCAAACACAUUGUCCACUGAGGAACCGGCAGUACUCGAAAAUAAACAAAUUUGGGGGAAAAUUGCGUAAAGCCGAAUUUUACUUUUUUACUUAAAGUUUACUUUUACCGUUUACUUAAAGAUUUUAUAUUACAAAAAUACGAUAUAUCGCAUCAUGUUGCUUUAUUUUCUAGAAUUUUUAGUGCAAUUUAUAAACUUUGAAAUCAUAAUUUAAUUUAAUCACAUUGUUAAAUAAACUUGUCAACUAAA